UUUUUUAGAGGCAACAGCCUUAGUUGCGACAUGAGCGGAGGAGGUAACCGCGUAGUUAUGUUGACAAACAGUCAGUCUUUCGCGUUUGCGAGAUAUAUUUUAUUCGGUAGUACUAAUAACAAUCAGUUUUGUGAUCAAUGGAGCAUCUUCAAUAUUCUCGGUGACAUCACGCACUAAAGGAGACCAACUGACUUUAAUUGAAUGCGACGAGGUCUGCUCAAGGCGGCUGUUUCUAUACGACUCCGCUUGCGACACUCGCUUCAAUCGCAGUAAAAUAUAUUCAAAACUCUUGUUCAUAUUGACAAAACAUGACCCAGUACAUCGCUGGCUUGAUCUGCGCGCUAGUCCUGGCCGCUUUUAUGGUCGUCUGGUUUGCUUACUGCAUGUUCGUAAGAGAACGCCAUAAGGACGAGCAUCAUUACAACAUUUCGGAUAUAAUAAAGAGGAAUACGAUACUAUCAGAGCUUGAAGCUUGCGAGACGACAGAAGAGAAGAAGAGUGGGCUGGUGGCUGGUGUAUUUAUUCUUCCGUCGCGGCACAAGCAUAAGGAGAAGGAGAAGGAAGAGAAAGAUGAUUACGACAAGAGACCAGAUUACCCGGAGAGUCCAGUGCCUUUACAAUUGAGCACAGAGAAGCUAGUGGAAUUGUUGAACGACGGUGAGAAAGAUGACUUUUAUAAGGACGGCACGCUUGAGAUAGGCUCUAAUGCGACUUAUAUUAGUGAUGUUUAGGUAUUAUUGUGUAGCAUAAGUGCCAUUUUCAACCAAAAGAGUCUUAUCGGUUGUCAAUAAAGCGCUAUUUCCAUAUAGCUUCAAUAUAAAAUCAACCUUAUCGACAACCGACAAUGUUACCACAUUUCCAUCCUUUUGGAUAACGUCACAUCACGUAAGAACCAGUGAAAUCAAUACAAUUUGCAUUAAAAUCUAAAUUUUGUUAUCUGCCUCUAUCGCUCGAAUACGCAAGAGCGAUGGACAGGCAAACAGACGGGCAAACGAACGAAGUGUUUUGCGGUUAUAUCCUUGGUUCAUAAUAUUUUGAAAACAUACUCUACUACUAAUAUGGUGGACAUGGUGGUGCAUUUAAAUACUGCAUUAAAAUGUCAGUCAAGAGAUUAUUGUGCGAAUCUUUAUACGAAAGUACUUGGACGUUUUACCAUUAAUUGAGCCGAUGAAUGGAGCCAUGCUGCUGAUGUUUAAUUGCCAUUGUGUAUUAUACAGCCAGUGACAAAAUGUAGUAAGUUUAAAGACAUAUUUCACGGUUGCAUGUCGAGAUUAUUGAGUCUAAUUACCUAACUUGCACCUAAUUUGGACUCUCUGUAUGCUGCAGAUAUACAUAAUAUACGUAGGUAUACUUAUAUAAGAAUAUACUAAUAUAAAAAAUAGCAAUUAAUAAAUUAUAUGAAUUAUCACGUAACAAAGUUGAUACUAAGGCGAAUAAUUUUUAAUUUUAUAGUGAUUUUUUGUAAAAUUAAAACUAAAUACAAAAUGUUCUCAUUUUAUUUUUCAUCUUACAUUUAAAUAUAACCCCUGUAUUUAAGCAAAAUAACAUAUUUUCACACGAUUGCAAAGACUUGCCAAUAAAUCCCAAUUAAACAUAACCAAUAUUUAAUUAACUCCUUUA